GUUUCUCGGCCGCACUCAUCUCAGAGUUCAACGGCAACACAGACGCGCUGCCCGUCACGCACUCCUACUGAACUGCGCAUCAACUGGUGUCUACACAACGAGAAAUAAUUCAUCAGCCGGUUCUUGUCACGUGAGAACUGACCAGCCACUACCUAAUUCUCGUGCUUCAAUGGAGGAACCGUCGAGUGUCAAAGGUCAACGUCUUCGCCUGACUUGCACAGAAUGUUACCGACGCAAGAUCAAAUGCGACAAAAAUAUACCAUGUAGCACAUGCGUCAAAAGAGGUCACGCAGAUCUAUGCACUCGUGAAGAUGAUAAUGCGUCUACAACAGGAAACAUGGUUGGAGAGAGCGAAUCGAUAGUGCCUGAUGCUGGGCUCGUUCAAAACCUGAUCGACCGUGUGAAUCAGUUGGAGGCCCAGCUGCUCUCUCAAGCUGAAGGUGCACGGGAUGAUUGUGCUGUUCUGCAGCAGCCUUCAACACCCAUCCCACGGACUCCAGGUCAAGUUGGAACAAGUCCUAGUGGAGACCAUACUGGACCAAGUCCACACCCUGACCCUAACAGUCCCGGUCCGGAGCAAGUAGCUACUAUUGCGCACAACGACGAGGACGCUGCGACAGUUCUUGAGUUCCUCGCGUGGGGCCGUAGUAAGGAUGCCGACUACGGGACGACAUCUCGGCAAACCAGUCGCUUCCUGUUGGCACAACAAGACAAUGACAUCGCUCACAAUGCCAUAGCUGAGGGAAGUAAGCAUGCGACACUCGAUUUGCUCGAGACGCUGCUACCAUCACAGAUCCAGAUUCGUGAGCUUGUCAGCUACCACAACACAUACAUUCUGUGGUAUCAUGGGUCUUACUCAUCAUUGACGUUCGAUGAAGACUUAAGAGAGUUUUUGGUCAACUUCCAUGGGGAUGUGCGACACCCUGAUGCAGACGCCCAAUGGCUGGCGCUCUUGUUCGCGAUUCUAACAGGCAGCUUGGCUUGCGCGCCAUCCGGCAUCCGGCAGUCUUGGGGCUUUCAAGAUAGCGAGAGUCUGGUAUUAGCCCGUCACUGGUAUGAGGCAUCUAUCUUGUGUCUUAAUGCCGGCAAUUAUCUUGAAAGACACUCCAUCAAUGCCGUUGAAGCCAUCGCCACCUUGACGAUAGCCGCACACAUACUCGGCAGAUCCAAUAGUCAAUCGAUACUCCUAUCUUCGGCUGGGCGGAUUGCGCAGAGCCUCGGUCUGCACCGACUUAAUGCAGAUGAGCGAUCCUCUAAAGAACAGCUACGGAAGAAAGAGGCUGGUAGACGCGUCUUCAACCAGUUGUGUACACAGGACUGGUUUCAAAUCCCCUUCUCCGAGUCGUACUCACUGAAUCCGCAUUUCAUCUCCACUAGGAAGCCCGCAAAUUGCAAUGACGACGACCUCGAGUCACAACCCGAAUCCGUACCAACGCAAGCAAGCUACUGCAACUAUCGAUACGACAUCGCAGCACUAAUGCCUCAGCUUCUCGAUGCCACAUCUAAGUGCAAUACGCUGUUCACCAAAUAUGAACAAGUACUCAAGUACGACGAGAAGAUGCGGAGGCUUGCGACCGAAUCCAUGCCAGCAUUCCUGUCUACAAGUGCAGUUAUUGCACCAAACUGGCCGGUAUGGAUUGGCUGGGGUCGACGAUCAAUAGCUAUCUGCGCGGCGCACAAGAUCAUUAUGAUUCAUCGAAAAUUCCUUGGUCUUUCAUUCACCAACACGGCGUUUUCCUUCACUCGUCGCACAUGUGUAGCUGCAGCAAAGACAAUCUUAAAAGAGGCUCUAUCUGCAAGUGAUCAAAAUGGACCUGUCCUAUGGAUAGAACAGGCUUUUUCGGUGGCAGCCGGAAUCGUGCUCAGUCUCGACAUCGCCAACAAAUCGCCAAAACAAGAUGAUCUCGAUCAGCAUGCGGCAUUGAUGAAAAGCACCAUCGGCUACUUGAACAGUUUCAAGGGUAGUACAAUGGCGGCCCGUGGUGCACUCCUUCUUCACAAUCUACAGGAGGCGAUCGAACGAGGAGCUUUCCAUGGACUAGGGAAAAGGCAGCGCGAUGUCGGAACGACUGAGACAUUGCGACCAGCGAAGAAUGCGCGUCUAUCCAACGUCCCUCGAGGCGAGGCUCACACUCAGCGGACAAUGAGGACAAUGACGAAUACUGCAUCAAGGUUUGAUGGUGCUUCAGAAGGCAUGACAUGGGACACGUCGACUUACCCAUUUCCGAUUGACAUCACACUUGGACCCCAAGACCUGUUCGAUGAUUUGCUAUCACUCCAAUUCUGA